AGCUGAUGGUAUUGCCGCGAAUUUUGUAAUUUUCGCUUGAGAUUCCAGAUUCGAUCCACCAAAUUUCGUCUUUUUUCAAGAACGCAAGCGAUCUCCGUUCUUGGCAUAUAUGGAUGCACAUAGCAAGACGGAACUAUGUUCCAUUUAUAAGAAUUUGGAGAAGGAAUUAAAAAAUGCCAAGGUAUCAACAUUGGAAACGGAACGCAAAACCGAAAUUAUGAAUUUGCUGCAUGAUUUCAAUGAUAUCAAGGAUGCAGCACAAAUAGUUAUUGGAGCUGUGGCAAAUAUAGAUUGUCUUACUAUUAAGGAAUUACAUUUGAAGUAUAAUUUGCCAUUAAACGAGUAAGAAAACCAAAUAAUAAUAUUAAA